AUGGGUGACCGGAUAAAACCGCUGAAAUUUCUAAGAGACGUUCUCCUUCCACCGGAAAUGGACGUAGAAAAAGAAAUGGUGGACGUUCUUCCAAAACUGCCGGCCCGAAAGGAGGAUAUCUUUAUUACGUCAUAUCCAAGAUCAGGUUCGUUUACAAGUGACAGGGGUUUUUUCUCUAAAAUGUGAAACUCACUGUAAAUCAACAUAUGAUUUGUUUUGAUGUCUUCAGUCCACUGGGCAGGGGACAUAAUUAUGUUAUUGGUUUGUACUUAAUUGGUUCCUCUUCGUCACUAUGACUACUCAGAGUAGUCCGAGUAGUCUUAACGGCACAUGCAUACGGCAACGACAGUAACAACGAAGGGCACAAUAAUGACAUGGCAAAAAGGCUACGUUUGGGUUCAGUUGAGAUAGGAGCACAAAGUGAAUGUGAAAGGAAUUCCAGUUUGACUUGGGACGGAGUGAACCGUGAGAAAAUACCUAGAUCGCGGUUGGCCCGACCCCAUUUCCCAAAGUUUUUUUUCUCGUUCGCCAUUUCGUUUUAUCCCUUACGUCUAUAAGACAGUUUUUUUUUUACAAGAUUGCAGAGUAACAAGAACGACGAUGAUACAAGCAACACUAAAAAUAAAUGAAAGUAACAACCAGAAAAAUUGUAACGAGAGGAAUAUAUGGCCGUUGCGCAAGCCAACCUUCUCGCAUGGUGUAGGUUGAGCUCGCUGUAAAUUAUCAGUUAUGUAUACAGGGCUUUUUUAUCAGUACUUUUGAAUUAAGUGAAAUGAUUCCCCACAAACGAUUAAGCACUGACUCUCCAAGGUGCGGAAAAUAAAGUCUUUGAUAAUUAUUAGCCUCUCAUCAAUAGCAAUGACUUAUUUUUGUGUAAUGCCUCCUCCUUUUAAUAAAGACUGAAAUGACGUCUCUGCCGCGAUCCACACUUCUCCUUGCAAAUGGCAGAAUUGUACAUUUUCUGGAACUUUGCAAGUUUUUGUUGUCUUUUUUCGCAGGCUCCACUUGGACUGAGGAAGUUGUAUGGCAGAUUCUUCAUGAUGGUAAAAUAGACGAGCGUCGAUUGGAUGAACGAAUGCCUUUUGUGGAAGGGAUUAUUCUGCCUAUUAAAUCUUAUCCCUAUACUGUAACAGACCCCGAGUCCGCCAAGAAAAUGUUUACCAGCUUCCCUGAGCCUCGCGUAUUCAAAACUCAUCUUCCUUAUUGCUUCGUCCCUAAGGGCUCUGAUGAAGCUGACAAGCCUCAAUACAUAUAUGUUGUGCGCAAUCCCAAAGAUGUGCUUGUGUCUAUUUAUCAUCAUCACCGCAACAUGCCUUAUUUAGUGGAAAUUCCUUCCUGGGACGAGGCGUUCAAACGUUUUAUCACAGGAGACUGUAAGUAACAUUCCCUUAGCCAUUCUUCAUGAACAAGGGCUUUAAGUCAUUAAGACAUAUAGUAGGUAUAUUGGUUCUACAACUCAGUGAACAUCCUUUGAUAAUAAAUUUCAGAAGAGACAAACGUAUGGCUAGUUCACUAGCAUAGCUUCCCGCAAGACGGUGGUAGAGAAAAAAACACAACAAGAGUGCCAAGGCUGACACGUUUGAGAGUUAAACAGGAAAAAUUAUAAAAUAAUUCAAAUAGUACGCGCGCUCUGAUUGGCCAUAAAACCAUUUUACACGAGCGUAUCGUUCCUCUUUCAUUAGUUAUUUUAUAAAAGAAAUGUAAAAUGGUUUCCGUGUUUACAUAGCCUGAUGUAAACACUUGGGAGGUUGGGAGAACACGAAAUAAGCGUAGGAAACCACGACGCGAAGCUAUCAAACAAACAAACGAUGAAAUCUCGGUUAUGUCUGACUGUCUGAUCGUCGAUUGGAAAAGGCACCCAUACCAUCAACGAAACAUAACAUAUCAUAGUGAGCUCGCAGGUUAAGAGUCCACCAACCUAUAAAACUUAAAGUAAAUCAAGCUCUGGGAAUGUAAUAUUUCUGAGGUCUGUUUGGAUGAAGGAAAUAUAAAUAGCAAAUUGGUACGUUUUAAUGAGAAGCUUUUCCUUGCCUACUUUGCAGUUACGUUUGGUUUGCACUUUGAUCACGUGUUAGGCUGGUGGGAACAAAGGGACGACCCUAACAUUUUGAUUCUUACUUAUGAGGACAGAAUAAAGGUAAGAAAUAAAAGUAAACCAUUUAUGGAUCUUAAAGCUCUUGUAGAUGUAUGAUAUAACCCUCUAUUUAGCUUAAGGAUUAAGGUUUUUUAGUAUUUCAUUCGCCUGGGCGUUAAUUAAGUCUAUUUUCAAAGGCUUUGAGUAUGACUUGCGGACGAAGGAAAUAAAUAGAUACCAGAAAGAGGACUCGCGUAAACAGAUUUCUUCAAUUUUUUCGACAGUUUAAAAAAGUUUGAGUCUUUAACAAUUCACAAGGAUUUGCAUGUAUACAUGAUAAGAUUUUGUUUGUCGCCAUGCAGCUUUUCCCCUUACGGUUCUUUAAUAUGUGAGCAACUAGACCAUUUUGUCAAGGCAUCAAGGCAACAAUGUUUCAGUUACACCGCUAAAACUAAACCCAUCAAAAUGAAAGUGACACUACGGGCUCGUCUUAAACACUAGAAAACCGUCACACUCAGGAUGCGUUAAGGCCGACUGUACCUGUUUCAAGGGAAAGCUCCAGCGAGUUUCAAGAUCCAAAUAAAUGCAAAGAUAGCAACGUAUAACUUUAUUUUGACCAAUCACAUUGGGGAUCCAGUAAUUGGAGCAAACCACAGAAAAACCUGAACUUAUUAGCGUCAUUUUGCGAGAUUCACAAUAAUAGUUUGUUAUAAAAUGUUAUUAUUUGAGGAUCCAGCAGAUGCUGUUGACAAGAUAGCAAAGUUCCUUAGUAAAAAGAUCUCCCCUGAAACACGUGACCUUAUUGUCAGACAAACGUCCUUUGACGCCAUGAAGAGCUCCAGUCAUACCAACUUUACUUGGUUUGAAGGAAUCAAGGGUGAUGGCUUUUUUAGAAAGGGUCAAGUAGGAGGAUGGAAAGAUUACUUUACUGAAGAACAGAAUGAAUUGUUUGAUAAGGUUUUCAGUGAAAGAGUU